CGCUGGACGGGGCUGGCGCGGCGGCAUGCGCGGCAGCUGGCGCGAGUGGAAGGGCGACGGCGCCGCACCGGAUGCAGCGCCCGACGGCGGCGACGGCGACGACGAGGCGGCGCGCGGCCUCGUGCCGGACAUGCCCAUCGACCCCAACGAGCCCAAGUACUGCUACUGCGACCGCGUCUCGUUUGGCGACAUGGUGGCGUGCGAAAACGAGGACUGCCCGCGCGAGUGGUUCCACUACGCCUGCGUCGGCCUCGACGCCGAGCCGAGCGGCGCGUGGUGGUGCCUCUUCUGUGCGCCGCCCGCGUGGCCGGGGCGCAAGAAGGCCGUCGUGCCGGAGGAUGCGCCGUGCAAGCCGCCGUCGCUUCCGGCUGUUGCAGGACGCUCGAAGCGCUGAACGUAAUGCACAUGUCAUCCAUGC